AUGCACCAAAUCGGCAAGGACAGCACUCAGGACGAGAAGGCAGCGUCUGCAAUUCUGGCUGUGCGACUGGACGACGAGCUCAACGGACGCGCCGUUCAAGUGCGCGUGGUGCAAGGCGAGGAACCCGCUCACUUUUUGCACGUUUUCAAGGGCAAAAUGGUGACUUUCAUGGGCGGCAAAGCCAGUGGAUUCAAGAAUUUGCAAGACCAUGACACGUACGACGUGGACGGCACUAGGCUGUUCCGCAUUCGCGGCACUUCCGAAUUUGAUGUCCGUGCGGAACAAGUGCCGGAAGUGACUGCGUCCCUGGCUUCCGAUGACGUCUUCCUCCUCGAGACUCCAACGGCCACUUACAUCUGGGCUGGAAAGGGUUCGUCCGAUGAAGAAAAGGCGAUGGCCACAAACAUUCGCUCGGUGGUUUCCCCGAACGCGGAGCCGCAAAUGGUUGCCGAGGGCGAAGAACCCGAAGGGUUCUUCGAUGCCCUGGGGGGCAAAGGAGACUACAAUGCCGACGUCGGGUUGCCCAGCAACCCACUUCUGGAACCACGUCUGUUCCACUGCCUACUCACUGCAGCAGGGUCGAAUGGCGCGGGAUAUUACCACCUGUGUCAGAGGGUCGAUGAUGAUGUUGGUUUCGCUGAUGGAUUCUAUAAAAGCGAGUACAUCAAGACUGACCCGACUGAAAGAUCUUUGGACAACACGGUUAUAUUCGCUGUCAAACAAGGCAUGGAGCCUGUGGCGUUCAAGUCCGUUUUCCCCAAGUGGGAUGACGCUUUGUGGGACGUGAGAAAACUUCGCGUUGAGGAAGUGGCAAACUUCGACCAAGAUGACUUGAUCGUCGAUGACACCAUGGUCCUGGAUACUGGGGCCGAGGUUUAUGUCUGGAUCGGCAACGGGGCUCUUCCUGAUGAAAAAGCCAAAGCCUUUUCAAUGGCUGAGGAGUACAUCAAGACUGAUCCAACUGAAAGAUCUUUGGACAACACGGUUAUAUUCGCUGUCAAACAAGGCAUGGAGCCUGUGGCGUUCAAGUCCGUUUUCCCCAAGUGGGAUGACGCUUUGUGGGACAGUGAUAAAUCGUUGGACCAGGUCAAGCUGGAAUUAGAAGAGCGGAAUGCGUCUGUGGAGUGAGACACUACGUGGGCCUUUGUAAAAAUAUGGCUAUAUAUACAUGGCUUUGAGAUUUAUGUGAAUAUCCUCCAUGCACAUGCUGAUGAGUUAACAAAGGCGGGAGGUGAUUGAUUCUGUCCAAAGAAUAUAUUUUUUUUUUUUGCUGCUGGCUUCGCUUUAAUCAUAUUGGCGGAAAUUUCCGCAGGGAAGAAGGAUUGAAUUGAGCUGGCAACAUUUUCCUUGUGGUGUAAUGCCAUGCAUGUACAAUACUGAAAAUCCUGAUGCUUUGAGCCCUUGCUUACUUGGAAACAUAAUAAAGAAGGCAAAGAAUUUUGCUGAAGGUGGA